AUGUUCCAUUUCACCGUAGCACCCCUGGCUCUUGCUGGAUCCUUGGUCUACACUGUGAUCGCGGCACCAGCCCCGAACAGCGAAACGUGGAAGAAUAAAGCUCUUUCCCCAGCUGAGCGCGCGGAGGCUCUGUUACCCACCCUCGAAUGGACAGAGAAGAUCGCUCAGUUGGGUGUCCGACAGGAACAGAUGCAGGAUGGCAAAGUUCCGUACAUUACAGUCACAGAUUCAGUCAACUCCAUAUAUGUGCCUGGAGGGACCCUGUUUCCAGCAACCCUGUCACUCUCCACGACAUGGGACCUAGAUCUGUAUUGCCAAGUAACGGAAGCGAUUCGAGACGAGAAUAUGGCUCUUGGGACGCACUGGGUGCUAAGUCCUGAGCUAGACGUAGCCAAGGAUCCGAGAUACGGCCGCGUGGGUGAGACCUACGGUGAAGAUGUCUACCUUGUCGGCGAAUUCGCAGCGCAGUAUGUCCGAACUAUGGAAGAGAAAGAUAAGAACGGAUUCAUCAAAGUCGCCACGACGGUCAAGCACUUUUUAUACGGAGAAGGCGCUGGCGGUAUCAACACUGCAAGCAUGGCUGGCGGCACCAAUCAUUUAUACAACGACCUCGCCCUUCCCUACAUUCGUGUGCUCAAGGAAAACCCCACGUCUAUCAUGGUGUCGUAUUCCAGCAUCGACCGGGUCCCCGUGUCAAUCAACAAACAGCUUCUGCAGGGUAUGCUCAGAUCCGAAAUGGGUUUUGAGGGCCUGCUCAUGUCGGACGCUACGGCCAUUCCACAUCUUCAUACUCAAAGCCUCGUGGCCUCAUCCAUCAAGGAUGCAGCUACCAAGGCCCUCCGUGCCGGAUUGCAGCUCGAAUUAGCUCCUCAGCAACCAGCCGCAUUUCCGAGUCUUGUUAACAGCUCGGACGAUCACGAGAUCGUGAGACUGGUCGACGAAGUGGUGAAGCAGCAUUUGGUCAUCAAAUUCGCAACUGGCAUGUUCGAUCUUCCCUUGCCCACGAUGAGUGAUCUCAAAAAGGUGCUCCGCUCAUCUAAACAUCUCGAUGUCAACCGAAAGGCUUCAUGCGAAUCAAUCGUCCUACUGCAGAACAAAAACAAGUUUCUUCCCAAGCCCAAAAUCUCCAAGGUUGCACUCCUCGGUCCUAUGGCCGACAUUCUGAAUCCUGGAAGUUACGCUCCCAGUACGAGCGAGAAACCCUUGCAUGGGCGCACGCUGAAGGGAAGUCUCGAGGCAGCUCUCGGCGCUCAGAACGUCAAGUACGUCAAAGGUGUUGACAUCACUUUCGUACAUGAGAGUGACAGUGAGGGCAUCCAAGCUGCUGUCGCUGCUGCAAAGGAGGCUGGCCUUACGAUUGUGGCUGUCGGCUCUCUCUCCGUAUACAUGUUGGAUCCAAAUGCUGGUGAGCGAACAGAUGGCGAAUUCUUUACGCAUGCCAGCUUGGGUUUCCCAGGUAGUCAGCAGCAACUCCUUGACGCUGUUCUCGACUCUGGCGUGCCCACGAUUGUUGUUCUUAGUGGCGGUCAAUCGUUUGUGCUCAACAACUCAACCAUGCGGGCAGAAGCCAUUCUCCAUACGUUUCUCGCUGGCGAGCUCACCGCUGACAGCACGGUCGAGAUCAUCCAGGGCAAGGUUAACCCCAGCGGCAAGCUCACUGUGACUAUGCCGCAAGCCGAGGGUGUGCUCCCAGUAUACUACGACUUUCUGCCCUCUGACGCACAAGGCGGCGUAAGCUUCAUUCAGACUCCUAGCGUUUGCGCCACAUAUGACUACAACUUCCCCUGUCUCAAGCGGGGCGAUGCACCCAUGCCUUUCGGCUACGGUCUCAGCUAUACCACCUUCGACACCUCUGCUCCCAAGAUUACUCAGAAGGAUGGCACUGUCUCUAUUUCGGUCACGGUAACGAACACAGGCUCCCUUGCGGGCAAGGAGGUCGUCCAGGUUUAUCAGAGACCCACGAAUUCCGAGAUCGAGCUACCGAACAAACGUCUAAUCCGCUUUGAGAAGGUUGAGCUGAAGCGAGGCCAGAGUAAGGUUGUCAACUUCAGUAUAUCCAAGAAUGAUCUUGGUUACUACAACAAUGCCAAAUACCAAGUCGAAUCAGGAGAAUACAUCUUCUGGACGGGUUCAAGUUCCAAGAUCACUGACUUGAAGAAUGCCACAAUUACACUUUAA